UCCAAACUUGACCUGUUCCUGUACUUAGGAGUCAUGCCGAUUGCUUACGUUGUGUUGCCCGGAACUGUUUCUCGACCAGGCCCGAUGGCUCUGUCUCACUCCCUCCUAUCCCUCGCGUGAAGACCCGCCUAUCUAACUGGUUCCGCCUCAGGAUCCGCCGCGAGUUUCUGAGCCCUACGGAGGCAACAACCAAAACAGUAAACUAUUAAUAGGCAGCAGGAGCCGCCAUGGAGCCGGGAGAGGACUCCGGAGCCCGGGCCUUGCUUGCUCUUCGCUCUGCGCCGUGCAGUCCGAGGAUGUACGGGACGACCUAUCCAGGAUUCAACUCAACUGCACGCGAGAGCCCUGCUUUGGCCCGGCUGGAGGGACGGGACUUCGAAUUUCUCAUGCGAGCCCCGUCAAUUACCAUCGGACGGGACUCCAGCCAGGGCUCAGUGGACGUAAACAUGGGGCGCUCCAGCUUCAUCUCCCGCCGCCACCUUCAGCUCACUUUCACUGAGCCGCACUUCUACCUUCGCUGCAUUGGCAAAAAUGGGGUGUUCGUGGACGGGGCCUUCCAGCGGCGUGGGGCUCCCCCUCUCCAGCUACCUUUACAGUGCACCAUCCGAUUUCCCAGCACAGUCAUUAAAAUGCAAUUUACUGCCCUCUUUCAGGAGGAGGUGAAAGCUCCACCAUCUAUUUAUACUCGUAUUUCUCCCCUUAAAAUCCACAUCCCAGAGCCAGAUAUAAGGAACAUUGCCAGUCCUCUUCCUUCCCCCACUGGAACCCUCAGUGUUCCCAACUCAUGUCCUGCAAGCCCACGUGGAGGUGGGUCUUCCGGUUACCGUUUUAACAGCAACAUUGCUUCUGAUCUACAGCUGGCAGCAGAAUAUGCCGCAAAGGCAAUGGAAGAACACCAUACCGAGUCUCAUAGAGAAGACAGUCAUAAGGAUGAGUCAAAGCCCCCAUAUUCAUAUGCCCAGCUUAUUGUGCAGGCGAUCUCCUCUGCUCAAGAUCGUCAGCUUACUUUAAGUGGAAUAUAUGCCCACAUCACAAAGCAUUACCCUUACUACAGAUCUGCUGAUAAGGGCUGGCAGAAUUCCAUACGUCACAAUCUGUCUUUGAACAGGUAUUUUGUUAAAGUGCCACGUUCACAAGAGGAGCCUGGGAAAGGUUCAUUCUGGAGAAUAGAUCCUACAUCAGAAGUUAAAUUAGCUGAGCAAGCAUUCAGAAAGAGGAGACAGAGAGGAGCCUCCUGUUUUCGUACUCCGUUUGGUCCACUUUCUUCCAGGAGUGCUCCAGCUUCACCGACUCAUCCUGGUCUGAUAUCCCCUCACUCCAGUGGUAUACAGACUCCUGAAAGCCUAUCCAGAGAGGGUUCACCAAUGCCACACGACUUUGGCUCAAAACUUUCCUCUGUUACAGAAUAUCGGUAUUCCCAGAGUGCACCAGGCUCUCCAGUCAGUUCUCAACCUAUUAUUAUGGCAUUGCCCCCACGUCAAUCAAGUUUUGUGACCAAGCCAAUUACAUAUUUACCAACUAACAUGACAUCCCACUCUGCGGGCCCAACAAUCCAUGUAAUGCAGCAAGCUCCCACUGUCACUAUGGUUCGUGUUUUGACUACAACCAAUAACUCUGCCAACGGAUACAUAAUUACCAAUCCAGGGCCAGCUUGUACUACACAAGAGAUACAUGGAACUAUAUUGGAUGUUAACUCUGGAGGAAAAGGAGGCCAAGAUGAGAAAAAGACUAUUACAUUUACUACAAUUCCUUCUCUGCCAACUACCAGUAGAGCUAUCCAGACAGUAGCCAGCCAGAUGUCCCAGGGCGGUCCUGGACAAACAGUCACUUUCCUAAAGCAAUCUGCUCCUGUGUCCCUGAGUCGGCAUCAGAUGCCCAUGCGAACAGUAACAACAAAUGGAAAAGAUCACUUGAUCACUAACAGCACAUCUGUAAGCACUUUUGCUCUUGCCAACCCUCUGCAUUUACUGGCAACUCAGGCAAGCUCAUCAUCUCCUGUGUCUGUCCUCAAUAUCAUCAGUAAAGAUGGAGAAUCACAUCCAACUCACCAGGGAGAGCCUGCACCUAAGAAAGCAUAUCUGGGGGAGGAUAGAAUGGUGCAAGCUGGGGUGAUCACAUCUAAUCCAACACAAAUGGAAGGGAAUAGAGAAUAACCAAAGUUAAUGAGUCUAAUCUUGGAGUUAUGUAACUUAGAUCAGAACCAAUGAAAGAAACAAUCAUACAAUACUGAUGGGAUGAACGUAAUGUGUUGUUACUGUGUAGCUGAAUCCUAAAGGAUUUGCCGUAAAUCCAUGUUGCUUGCUGCUGCAACAAGUGUCUUAUACUGGAGAAACUAUUUCUGCACCAUACUUUCAAUUGGAUUCUAGAUAUUUAGAAUGCAUAUCCAAUAUCUGUUUCUUUGGCUCUGUUGCAGAGGAAUGCAGCAUCCUACAUAGCAUCCUGAACUAUGGUGUAAGUAAAGGCGGUAUCACAAGGGCCAGCGGCAACAAGGCAGAAUUUUUUUUUUUUUUUUUUUUUAAGAGCAAGAGCAUAAUGGCAUUAACACAGUGUUCACAAGGUAGUAUUUUCCUUCAAGGAAUUUACUGGUUAACAAACUCAAGAGCUUCUUGUAGAAUGGACACCAUGGAAUUUCUAUGCUUAAGAUCCUGGACAGUGGGAUUUCAAGAAUGAAACUGUAGAUGUUUGAUUACUUUUAUCAACCUUUGAAAGCUCUACAAGUUUAAAAAUCCAUAUUUAUUAGCAAAUUUUACCUUAUGAGUGCCUGAAAUCUUGCAAGAUCAACUGAUGGGUAUAACUCGGUAAAUUCAAAUUUGAAACAUAAAAAUAUUACUCUCAGUUAAUCAGAAUACAAUUGGUACAUACCACAAAACGUGCCCAAGUGGUAGUGCUACCAGCUCAGGAUUUGCGUCUCUUCCUAUGUAAAGUACUGUUGUUAUAGUAUGUUAUCAUAACACAUUUUUUCCCUCAAAACUAUUGCUAGGUAUAUUUGCUAGGCUUAAUGAUCAUUUUUUUUCACUUGUUUCAAGAGUUUGUAUAGUGAAAAAUCUGGGGGGAAUAAAUCUGUUGCCGUAUUGUAUCCUUUCUUUCACUGUUAAACGGUUGACUUAAUUAUCCUUCUCAACUUUCUGCCUAGCUUUUAUAAAAAUAAUGGUUUUCAAGCAUUAUAUAUCGCUCAGUUUUGAACUCAUCAUGUCAGAGAUUAUCAAAGAAAAUCAACACUUUCAAACUCUACAAUGAAUCAGUCACUUCUACGCUUGUGUGCAGAUUUUACCAUUUGCUUGAGUCACACUUGCGAGCUAGUACCAAAUAGUGUUUAACUGAAGAUUCUUUUUUUUUUUUUUUUUUUUUUUUUUUUUUUAAAUGCUGAUUUCUUUUCUUGUUUCUUUGUGGCCAUCUGUAUACCAUUUUGAAAGCAGCAUUAUAUUAUUUGAGUGCUUCACUAUACCUGCUGAUGUGCUUUAAUUACAGAAAAUGUAAGCAAUGUUUUAUACUUUAUUGUGGCAACUGCAAGUUAAUUUUGUUUGUGAUUGUCCCUGAAACUGAUGUGUAUAAGUCAACAUGCAUUACAUGUUUUUUAUUUCUGUGAACAUGGCUUUAGCACCAGCGUCAUUGAAAAUCCAGUUCAACUUCCAACUUCAGAAGUCUCCUCUUAUUAUAUCUACGGCACCAUAUUCAAGUAAAUAUCUGUAGCAAUAAUUUUUAUCUAUGGGCCAUAACCAGUGACUGUUAUGUGUGGAAAUCUAAAUUGAUUUAAACAAAAUUGUCAUUUAACUUUGUGAACCAUUCACAGCUAGAGGUGA